AGCCAGGCAGCCGCUGCACGGCGUUUGCGCACGAGGAGCUGCUUGCCGCUGCAGCCGCCUGGAAUUGUGGGGAUUGUGUCUGCCCCUCGGCUGCCGUGGAAAGCCGAAGAGAACAGUUCCAGCAUGCUGUGGAUACCCAUAUCCUUCUGAAGACUGCCUUCUACAUCUGCUUUGGCAGAUGUGCUUGGUUCCACCUACUGAUUCUCCUUCUGGCAGUGCAGGAUAGAGGAUGACGUGGGAAAGGAGACUCCAGCUCAGUGGCUAUCCUUGGAAUUUGUCUUCAUGGCCGGCGAAGAGUAAAUGUGUCAAGCCCAGCUUUCUUUGCUUAGGAUUUGAGUUCUGUCACCAUAGGCCUCACUUUUAGGUUCUGGGCUCUUAAAGCAGUGACAUUUCUAAAGAAUCCAUGCAGGGCUAAAUCUUCCCUGAAGCCUCUGGUAUCUGUUGCUGUUCAAUGGGCUGUAAUGUGAUCCAACUCCAAAUUCUGGUUCCUCUGAAUUACAAGGUUAAGGAACGAGUUCAUAAGCGGAGUUUACAAACUAUGUUGGUCCACUUAUCUAGUUGGCAAGCUUCAUUCUCUCCCUCAAGAUCAUCCUGAAAAGAGAUUCCAGAGAUGGGCUAGGUCCUGGUUAUGGCUCUUCAGCACCUGUCUUCAGCUAAGAUGGCCCCUCUAGGAAUGCUGCUGGGGCUGCUGUUGACUUCCUGUUUAACUCUCUGCCUCAGUUGUCAGAACUCAAAUAAUUUUGCGCUCACCAACCCAGAGAAGAGCAUCCACAAGGAAUCGGAUACAAAGGAAACCAGGGAAGAGGAGGAGCUAGAUACCGAGGUCCUAGAGGUGUUCCACCCAACUCAAGAGUGGCAGACUCUUCAACCAGGUCAGGCUGUUCCUGCUGGAUCCCAUGUGCGAAUGAACCUACAGACUGGAGUAAAUGAGGUGAAACUCCAACAAGAAGACAAAUUCCAAAAUAAUUUGAAAGGAUUUAAAAGAGGCAGAAGGCUGGACAUCAACACCAACACAUACACAUCUCAGGACCUCAAGAGUGCACUGGCCAAAUUCAAGGAGGGGACCGAGAAUUCAAAGGAUGAACUGGCAAGACAGGCCACAAUAAAGCAGCUCUUCCGCCCCAUCGAGGAGCUGAAGAAGGAAUUUGAUGAGCUGAAUGUUGUUCUUGAGACUGACAUGCAGAUUAUGGUUCGGCUGAUAAACAAGUUCAACAGCUCCAGCUCCAGCCUAGAAGAGAAGGUUGCUGCACUCUUUGAUCUUGAGUACUAUGUCCAUCAGAUGGAUAACGCACAGGACCUGCUGUCCUUUGGUGGCCUUCAAGUGGUGAUUAAUGGGCUCAACAGCACAGAACCCCUGGUGAAGGAGUAUGCUGCUUUUGUGCUGGGGGCUGCCUUUUCCAGCAAUCCGAAGGUCCAGGUGGAAGCCAUCGAAGGAGGAGCUCUGCAGAAGCUGCUGGUCAUCCUGGCCACAGACCAGCCUCUUCCUGCCAAGAAGAAGGUCCUGUUUGCACUGUGCUCCUUGCUGCGCCACUUCCCCUAUGCCCAGCAGCAGUUCCUGAAGCUCGGGGGGCUGCAGGUCCUCAGGAGCCUGGUGCAAGAGAAGAGCGCGAAGGUACUGGCUGUGCGUGUGGUCACCCUGCUCUAUGACCUGGUCACGGAGAAGAUGUUUGCUGAGGAGGAGGCAGAGCUGACCCAGGAUUCAUCCCCAGAGAAGCUACAGCAGUAUCGCCAGGUGCACCUCCUGCCGGGCCUUCGGGAACAGGGUUGGUGUGAGAUCACAGCCCAGCUCCUGGCUCUUCCAGAGCAUGAUGCUCGAGAGAAGGUGCUGCAGACACUGGGCGCCCUCCUGACCACCUGCCGGGAUCGCUACCGUCAAGACCUCCAGCUGAGCAGGACACUAGGCAGUCUUCAAGCAGAGUACCGAGCCCUGGCCUCCCUGGAACUCCAAGAAGGGGAAGAUGAUGGCUACUUCCGGGAACUGCUGGCCUCCAUCGACAGCUUGAUGAAGGAACUAAGAUGAGGCUGCUACUCUGAGACCAGGACUGGACUGAUGCUGCUACUGAAAGCUUCGGUGGACUCUUCAGGGGACAUCAAUCAGGAGGAGGACUUCUCUACUGGGGCAUGAGCUUUAUGUGGGCAGAGCUUGCUAGGUUAUUAAACAGAGACAUGAAGACUA